AUGUCCCCACCAACCCGCUACCCGACCCCCUCCUCCCCGACCGACCUCUCCCCCCUCGCCCAACCCCUCCCCUUCCCCUUCUCCGGCAAAACCGCCCCCAACCGCUUCCUCAAAGCCGCCAUGACCGAACGCCUCUCCUCCUGGCACCCCUCGGACCUCUCCGCGCGCGGCAUCCCCUCGCCCGCCCUCAUCAACGUCUACCGGCGCUGGGGGCAAGGCGGGCACGGGGUCAUCCUCACCGGCAACAUCAUGAUCGCCGGCGACCAGCUGGAAGCGGCAGGGAACCCCGUCAUACCCGCGGACGCGCCCGCGGACCCCAACGACGGCGACGGGCGGUUCGCGGCGUUCGCGGCGCUGGCGCGGGAGGCGAAGAGCGGAGGCGGGUUGGUCGUCGGGCAGGUGUCGCAUCCGGGGAGGCAGGUGGCGAGCGCGAUCAACGGCGCGCCGGUGUCGGCGAGCGACGUGAGGCUCGAGGGGGACGUGAUGGGGAUGACGUUUGCGCGGCCGCACGCGGCGAGCGCGGAGGAGAUUCGCGGCGUGGUGGAGGGGUUCGGGCACGCGGCGGGGUAUCUGGAGGCGGCGGGGUUCGAUGGGGUGCAGUUGCAUGGGGCGCAUGGGUAUCUGUUGGCGCAGUUUUUGUCCGAGACGACGAAUAGGCGGACGGAUGGGUAUGGCGGGGGGUUGGAGAAUCGGGCGCGGCUUAUUCUUGAGAUUGGCCGGGAGGUUCGCAAGAGCACCAGCCCGAGCUUCGUUCUCGGCAUCAAGCUCAAUUCGGUCGAGUUUCAGGACAAGGGCUUCCAGCCCGAGGACGCGAAGCGGCUGUGCGUGUUGCUCGAGGAGAACGAGUUCGACUUCGUCGAGCUGUCCGGCGGCACGUACGAGCACAUUGCGUUCUCGCACCAAAGGGAAUCCACCAAGAAGCGCGAAGCCUUCUUCCUGGAGUUUGCGGACCUGAUCACGCCGGCGCUGACGAAGACGAAGACGUACGUGACCGGCGGCUUCAAGACGGGUGCUGCCAUGGUCGAGGCGCUCAAGUCCGUCGACGGCGUCGGCCUCGGCCGGCCCGUGUGCCAGGAGCCGCGCCUGCCCAAGGACCUCCUGGAAGGCAAGGUCCAGUCCGCCAUCCAGCAGCGUCCGGACGACAACGAUUUCGGCGCGACCACCGUCGUCGCCGGCUCGCAGAUCCGCCAGAUGGGCAAGGAUCACGAGCCCAUCGAUAUGAGUUCCGAGGAGAACGAGAAGGCAUUCAUGAAGGAUAUGGGUGCCUGGGCUAAGAAAAUGGCGGAGAACUCGGAUAUGGUGCACUAUGGCUAUGUCGAUAUUGAGAGCGCGAAGCCUAUUCCCUAUGUCUAUUGA